AUGGUCUCUUUAGGCCCCGCUCAUGCUAAAAGAUGGACUCUCCAGGCACAGCUCUUGCCUCCUGGCAGCCUCUGCAGGCCCAAAUUCUCCAAAACGUUUCCUUUUGUGCAUCCUCUCCAAGUCCUGAACUUAACUCCAGUUGGCCUCUCCAGACCAAGCUCUCCCUCCCAGUGGCCUCUACAGGCCAAAAUUGUCCUCAGGUCAGCUUCUCCAGGGCCAACUCCUAGCUACCGGUGGCUUCUGCAGGCCAAAAUCGACCUCAAGUCAGCCUCUUCACACCCAGCUCUUGCCUCUGAGUGGCCUCUCCAGGAGCAAAACUUUCUCAAGUCGGCCUCUCCAGGCCCAGCCUCCUGCUUCCCGAGGGCAUGUACAGGCCCAGCCUCUGCCUCACAGCAGACUCUCCACACCCAGCUCUUCCCUGUCUGCGGCCUCUCCAGUCCAAAGCUGCUCCUGCCUUUUGGCAGCUUGUACAGGCCCAGCUCCUCCAUCACGGUGGCCUCUUUUGGCCCAACUCAUGCUUCUUGCAACCUGCACAAGUGUCAGCUCCUGCCUCACACUGGCCUGUUGAGGCCCAGCUCAUGCCUCUCGUGGCCUCAACAGGCCCAUCCCCUGCCUGUCGGCGGCCUCUACAGGCCCGGCCUCUACCUCACAGUGGGCUCUUCAGGCCCACCUCUUCCUCACCGUGGCCUCUUGGGGCAAUACUCCUCCCUCUUGGGAGCCUCUGCGGGCCCAGCUCCUGCCUCCCAGUGGCCUCUGUAG